AGCACGUGACGUUUUUCGAGUUAUCUGCCUUCGCGCUAAAAUGGCGACUGCAUCCAACGAUGUGCCAGAAGAAGAUGCAGCUGAGUUACAAUUUCCAAAAGAGUUUGAAAAUGCAGAAACAUUGUUGAUUUCAGAAGUGCACAUGCUCCUAGAUCACAGGAAACAGCAGAAUGAAAAUGCAGAGGAAGAGCAAGAACUCUCAGAAGUCUUCAUGAAGACACUUAAUUACUGUCAGAGAUUUAGCAAAUUUAAAAAUAGAGAAACCAUUGCUGCAGUACGAAGCUCUCUGAUGCAGAAAAAGCUUCACAAAUUUGAGCUUGCAGCCUUGGCAAAUCUUUGUCCUGAAACAGCAGAGGAGGCAAAAACUCUUAUACCAAGUCUGGAAGGUCGGUUUGAAGACGAUGAAAUGCAGCAGGUACUUGAUGAUCAAACCAAACGCAGUUUCCAGUGCUGAACCAUAGAUGCUAAAUCUGCUGGCAAUUUUUUUCUAUUGUUAUUAUGAUAAAGCACUGCCUAUCUUCAUGAUCAUUCUACUUCUGACAUUGUUGAGAAAAUUUUCUGAAAUUAGUGUAUAUAAUUCACCGGAAAAUCCAUGAUAACAUCUCGUACACACCUGACAAAUGAUAGUGGAUAGAAGCCAUGCUUUAUUUUCUGAAUGUUUACAUGUUUUUAAUUUGUCAUUGUAUUACAUUUUUUGUGCCUCUGAUAUAGAGAGUCUUAUUUAUUCCACAAUGGGUUUGUUUUAUAUGUUGAGAAAAACAGAUAAUUUACUACAAUUUUUGAAAAAGUUAUGCCUUUCUGAAAUAAAUCCUGUUGAUUUCCUGAGCCAUUUAUACUAAAUAGAAAAAUGCUACAUGCCUUAAUGGGUCAGUUACUAAAAAAUUCACUGGUUUUUAGGUAAAAGAAAUGCUUUAUUCAAUUAGAAUAAGUUUUCUGAAAUUCAUGAUUUAAAAAAUUAUAUUUCCUGCAAUUGUUGCAUGUAACAUGUUUGGUGUAUUUUCUGGUAACUCUGUCCAGUAACACAAUCAUCAUUAUUUAUUGUCCAGAAUUUAAAGUGUUUCAUAUGUUGCUAUCCUCAGAAUUUAUGGAUUUACCUAAGAUGAUGGAGUCUUAAGUGGAAGUAAAUGUCAUAAUUUAAAAAAAAUGCA